AUGGAUAUAGACCAGAUUAAAACAAAACUUAAUUGGGCAGUUCGGAGAAUGAAAACUUCCCCAUUGACUGCAGAAGAGACAGAACGCAUUCAGGAGGGACUCAGGGUUUACAAACUUGAUUGGUUGUCAGUAUGGAAAUCCAUUGUUCCACAUAGGGAUCCAUCUUUGUUACCUCGGCAAUUGCGAAUUGCCCUUGGGACUCAGAAGUCAUAUAAGCAAGAUGCUGCUAAAAAGGAGAAAAGACGGGUAUCUGAAGCAAAGAAACGGUAUAAAACCACAGAGUUAGUAAAUUGGAAACCGGCAUCUGACAAGGAGGACAAUCAGGCUGACAGAACUGGUGGAGGAAAUAGCAGUGGAGAUGAUUGUAUUGAUAAUGCAAAUGAAGCUUAUGUUCAUCAAGCAUUUUUAUCGGAUUGGAGACCAGGUCCCUCGAGUCUCAUUUCCAGUGAUACACUGUUAAGAGAGGAUUCAAACACCAGAGAGCAUCCAAACAAUCGUAGGCCUGGGGAAGCUCAACUCUGGAUUGAUAACAUGAAUGGGUUUCCUUAUGGAUCCGGUUCUCAUCAGUGUCCUCUUACUCAUGUUAAAACCUCUCCUCCUAAUACUGUGCUACCAAACCAUCAAAUUUCUAAUAGGUCACUGAAUACCUCCAAGUCCCAAAUCCAUUUGCGGCCAUACCGGAGUCGUAAAACUGAUGGUUUGCGCUUAGUGAGAUUGGCACCAGAUUUACCCCCUGUGAAUCUUCCACGGUCUGUUCGUAUAAUUUCUCAGUCAGCUUUCAAAAACAACCAAUGUGGAUCAUCUAUCAAAGUAUCUGCCUCAGGAAGUCGGACUGGGGAUGCUAGAAGAGACAAUAUAGCUUAUCAGCUUCCACAUGUUGGAAAUUUGAGAUCCUCUAGUGUAGUAGAUACAAGAAGGGAUAAGAGUAACCAAGCAACAGACAAUGUCACAGAUUCACACCCAGAAGAACCUGCAGUUGUUCACAAUGCAAUUAUUGUUGAUGGAAGAGGCACUGAUUCCGACCUUCAGAUGCAUCCUUUACUGUUCCAGGCCCCAGAAGGUGGCCGUCUGCCAUAUCUCCCUUUGGGCUGCAACAAUGGUACAUCUAGUUCUUUUAGUUUCUUUUCAGGGAAUCAACCCCAGUUGAAUCUUAGUCUCCUUCAUAAUCCCCACCAAGCAAACCAUGUUGUUGGUAGUUUUACUAAAUCUUUGAAGAGUAAGGAUUCUACUUCAGCAUCAUGCAGUAUUGACUUCCAUCCACUUCUGCAAACUGAUGAGGAAAAUAGCAACUUGGUGAUGGCAAGCUCGAAUCCAAACCAAUUUGUUUGUUUGAGAGGUGAAUCUACUCAAUUACAAAAUCAUUUUGAUGCAGUCCAGAAUAAAUCAUCUGUCAAUCAAGGGCCAUUUACUGUUGACCCUGAGCAGUGUUGUUCUAAUGAGAAAGCUAAUAACCUGGACUUGGAGAUCCAUCUAAGUUCUAAUUCUGUAAAGGAGAUAUCUCAGGGAGGUAGAGAUGCUGGUGCAAAUAAUCAACCAUGGUCAGCUCUGAGUGAACCAAAGUCUGGAAGGAGAAUUGAAACUUGUAACAUAAACAGCCCACAUGAUCAGCACACUGAACAUUGCCCCACAGUUCAUGGCAACCCAGUUUCAGGUCCUGAUGCGUCACCUGUCCCAAGCAAUAAUGUCAGCUUAUGCGACAUGGAUGAUGGUGGCGACCAAUCCCAUCCAGAGAUUGUUAUGGAGCAAGAAGAGCUGAGUGACUCAGAUGAAGAAAUUGAAGAAAAUGUAGAGUUUGAGUGUGAGGAGAUGGCUGAUUCUGAUGGGGAGGAAGGUGCAGGCUGCAAACCUGUUGCUGAGCUGCAAGAUAAGGAUGCCCAAAAUUUUGCAAUGGAAGAAGUUACUAAUGCCGAGGAUUAUGGUGAUCAACAUUGUGAGUUGAGGAGCUCUGUUCAUUCUCAUGGCAAACCUUCUAUCCUCCGAAAGGGCAGUCCUUUGUUAAAUUUGAGUCUGACAAGCUUAGGGAAGGAGACUACAAAUAGCUCUUGGUUAAGUUUAGAUUCACAUGCACCUGUUGACUCUUCAAGAAUGAAGGUUAUGCAUGAAAAAGGUGUAAUUAGUGAAUGUCCUGCCGCAAAAAAUUUAUCUUCAUGUCGUCCCAGUAGAUUGUGCAAGAAGACAACACCGAGCACAAAAGUUGAAACACAAAAGGAUGUUUCUGACAUCGCACAGCAACUUAGUCUGGGUCCUUUAGCUGUUUCAACACUGAGGAAACCCAGGAAGCGUUCUUGCCGAACAAAUACAAAUUUGGGCACUCGAAUAGCUGCUGAAAAUAGUGGAACAAAUGCAAUUCGGGCACUGGAACAGCAACCGAAAAUGGCAGAUACGAUCAAAGAUAACUAG